UCUGUCCAAUGACCUGCCAGUCCUCCGAGUCCACAGACGCCAUUGAGACCAACAGACGAGCCGACGACAACUCAAGAGCUGUGGAAUCGGACGAGAGCCGCAUCGCGUUAGCCAUGAAAGACCUGAAGAACACAGGCUGGUACUGGGGCAGUCUGACUGCGUCUGAGGCUAAAGAGAUCCUCCAGGACGCCGCGGAGGGAACCUUCCUGGUGCGGGACAGCUCUCAGCGGGACUACCUGUUCACCAUCUCUGCCAUGACCUCGGCAGGUCCCACCAACCUGCGGAUCGAGUACAAACACGGGAAGUUCAAGCUGGACUCUGUGGUUCUGGUGCGACCCAAGCUGAAGCAGUUUGACAGCGUGGUCCACCUGGUGGAGCACUACGUCACGCUGUCCCGUGUCAGCAGCAAGACGGCACCGGCGGCGGCAGCAGCGGACUCUCGACGAUCAGCGACGCCACCUAAUGGCACUUUACAGCUUCUGCUCAUCAAACCCGCGUACACCACCACGCCGUCUCUGCAGCACCUGUGUCGCAUCGCCAUCAACAGGACGACUCGGCAGGUGCAGGAUCUGCCGCUGCCCAACAGGCUGAAGGACUAUUUGAGUGACUACGCCUACAACGUGUAGCAGCGACGCGGGACAGUGUGGAUUUACCACAACCGCAUCUGACCUCACACCAGGCGCCAUCACCGGGCGGGUCGGAGCAAUAACAAGCGGCAGGUCCCCGACAGCGUUGGCGGAGGUUGGCGGGUCGGCGUCUCAUGCGCAGACCGCCUGACACCACGGGAAACGCACACACACACACGAGCUGCACACAUACUUCCUGAUCAUCUUGUCAAAAUAAAAGUCUGAGGCAAUUCAACGUCAACAACAGAGACAAAAAAAAACAAACAGUAGUUUCAUUUCCCAGACAGAAGAAAUUCACUGGAAUCAAUAAUCAAUCGUCGGACAACAGCAACAGAUGAAUUUUUGAUUAUUGACGAGUCUUAACUUUGUCAAAGAAAUACGUUUAAUUUAUUAAGUUUACUGAAAAGUGUUAAGUUUAAAAAAAAACAACAACAAAAACAAAACAGUUAUUGAUCGAUUAUUGGAGAUAUUCUCCGUUUACCUGAUCGCCAGAUUCCAGUCACGGAUGACGUCAUUAAACUUUUGCCCUGUGUCCUUGAUCUGUUGAGCGGAGUGAAAUCAAUAAUUGGCAGAAAUGGAGUCGACUGAUUUACAUCUCGUCAACUGUCGUUUCCUAACCAGUCGGAUCGAUAUUAAACCAAUCGUUAAUCCAUUUGUCAUUUGUUUCCAAAGACUGUUGAUGGAUGAAAAGAUGCAGAAUGAUUGUUUUUUGUCACAGUCAAAACAUGACAACGUGUUUGCACCACAUGAAAGUGAAUUGAUUAUCAGCAGAGAUUCAUCAGGAGUCAGCGUUUUACGAGUGAAUGCUGACCUGUAUGAACUCUCAUCACAUGUCACAUGUGAAUCUUUUGUUUUCACUUGAGACAAACAUGAACGCUUGAAAGAAAAAAAAUGGAUAGUUUGGGGUUUUUUGGUUUUUUUGAAGUGGUAUUGUUGUAUGAGGCACUGUCACGAAGUCAUGCUGCGUUCCAUUUGUUAGUCGGAACUCGGAAAUUUCCAAGGUCACAGCGUUGUUCCCUCUUCAGGAAAAAAACUCACUUACCUUGAGUGUCUUAAGCCAGUUCUAGGCACAGGGGGGCGCUCACAGCAUCGUUGGCACAAAUGGUGCGUUCCGUUUUGUAGCCAGAACUCGGACUUCCAACUCUACAACUAAAAGCAGAAACCUCACGUUUACCGUUAAUGACACUUCUGUUGUAUUUGUUUCACAGUAAUUCCGUCGUACGCGUAGUAUUGCUAUGUUGCUACUCCGUUCGUUUAUGCAAAAUACUAGAAAAUGCAGCCUGAAAUACGUUGGCUGUUCCGACUUGAACUCGGGAAGUGACGCAACUCUUGAGUUCCGAUGUAAAUGGAACGCAGCAUCAGAGCCCUACAAAACCACUACGCUACAAAAAAAACUGCUCCCCCUUUAAAAUGAAUUUGACCUCCCUUUAGUGUUGAGACGCGUACAGUAAUGAGGUCCUCCUCAAUGUUGACGUCGCUCUUCCGUCGCUCACUCAGGUAAAUGGGACUUUGCUUGUCGUGUUUGUGUUUCUGUCGUGACGAUGACGACAAUGUUUUUCUUCUUCUGUUGUUUUUUUUUUUACGGAGGCCUAAUCGUGGCAGAUACAGGUAAUUUAUUUCCUCCCUCCUCCACUGUGAUGUCACGGUAACGCUGGAUGAAUAAAUGUUUGUACACAUCAGCUGUGGGAGUGGCACCGCUCUGUUUUUUUUUUUAUUUUAAUAUUUAUUGAUUUGUGUCACACUGUUUUUGUAACAACGCUGCACAGACCCCGACAGCAGCGUGCGGUCAGUGAACUGGCAGCUUGGCCUCUGUGAUGUGGAUCAGCUCAUGAGAUUAAUAAAGUUUUCUAUGGUGCCUCA